AAAAAUAUAAAAAUUCUAAAACUGCAACAAAGAUAAACAUACGUGUACAUAUUUUCGCAAAGGCACUGGGUGUAAAUAGAAGUCCAGUAAUACAAGUUCAUGGUGUGUUGCCAGUCCACGAUCAUCAGAACAAAAGGGCGGAACUCCGACGUUUACUGUCCUAAAGGGGGAGUGGCCGUGCGCGCCGCCUGACUUCAAGCUUUCAUAUAGCAGUGGUGGCUCUUAUUGUCCUCUUUGCUCUGUGUCCACCAACAUUCGUGCUGUGAAGCAGUGCUGGGAGUCAAUGUGGCGAUCCGUGCGUCGCAAUAUGGCGAGCGGAGAUGAUCGGUUAUUAUGUAAGGAGCUAUGCGCCAUGGACAACGCUUUAUCACAACAGCACACUUCGGUAAGAAGCGGUUGGAGUGCCCUCAACAAGGUACGCCAAUUUGCAAUUCGAGCAGUUUCACAGCGACAGUCCACUUCCGAGGAAAAUGAUUUACAGUCGCAGGAAAAUUUCACCGUUACCGAUGUUUGUCGCCUGGAUGAAAGCCCCUAUCAUCUGCUUAAGGUAGCUGCACGCGGUGACCUUGAGGAGUUUAUCAGAGCUUUCAACGCAGGUCCUCGUCGACUUUGUAUGAAAGAUACACGUGGGCAGACUCCUCUACAUGUUGCGGCUAUCAGUGGGUUCUGCAACAUUGUCGACUACAUUAUAGAACAGAACAUAAAUUUAGAUACCGUGGACAAUGAAGGAGAUACAGCAUUGCACUGUGCUGUACGUAACAACCACGUUGACAUCAUAGAAAGUCUUCUUGAUGCGGGAGCAACAUCUAGCAUUACCAACCUGAGACAUAUGGCACCACUCCAUAUAGCUUGCGACUUGGGGAACUUAGAUGCACUGGAGGCCAUGCUUAAAAAGAACGUUGACACAAUGAUUCGUGGGGAAGGGGGAUGUUCUCCUCUUCACUACUGCUGUCUAAAUGACAAAUCGGAAUGUGCCAGGCUGUUGUUAAAACAUGGCGCAAGGCCGUGUCAGAGGUGUGACAUGGGUUAUUUCCCCAUACACAUUGCAGCAAAAUGCGCCUCUGCCCAAACGUUGGAAAUGCUCAUCCAAGAGUCAAUGAAGAAGGGUUACGAUAGGGCAACGGUAAUGGGUUUCAAGGAUAAAGAGAAUAAUAUGCCACUACAUGCUGCUGUUAACGGAGGAAACCUAAAAGCAGUGGAGGUAUGUCUCAAGGCUGGCGCCCUAGUGGACUGUCAGCAGGAUGACAAGACCACGCCGCUUCAUCUAGCCGCAGCUCAGGGCAAUUUAGACAUGAUUACUCUCAUGUUUGAGCUCCAGACUGCUAACUUCAGCUCAGCCUUGGGAGCAGUCGACGCCAUGAAGAUGACACCCUUACAUCGGGCUGCACUUUUCAACCACGUGCAAGUUGUUGAAUUUCUCAUCCGAAAUGGCGCUGAAAUCGACAGUGUUGACAACACAUCAAGUACUCCUCUACUGCUGGCUGCCUCGAAAGGUUCAUGGGAUUCUGUGCUGUGUUUAAUCCAACACGGCGCGGACAUCUAUUCACAUGACCAGAAUUCGCGCAAUUUCCUUCAUCUUGCUAUACGUUUUGGGGGAAAACUGCAUGAAUUUGGCUGCUCUUUUGUGGAGAGUAUUAAGAAUCUGUUGAACGAGAAGGACAAGUUUGGCUGCACGCCGCUGCACUACGCCUCAAAAGAAGGUCACCUUCCAGCCCUAGAUGACCUCAUCAGGUUUGGUGCUGCCCUCAGCCCAAAGAAUAAUGACAAGCAAUCACCAUUCCAUUUUGCUGCUAGAUACGGCAGAUACAAUACCUGUCGGAGAUUGCUUGAAAGUCAUCAGGGUCCCAGUAUUAUCAAUGAGACAGAUGCCGAUGGGCUGACUGGCCUUCACAUUGCAGCUAAGAAUGGCCACACCAAGAUACUUCAUCUGCUGCUUCAGAAAGGGGCCGUCAUUAACAGAGACAACGACGACAACACACCUUUGCAUUACGCUGCAGCACAGGGAUGGACGCGAUGUAUGCGUAUCCUGCACGAUGUCAACACCAACUUAAUCGACGUCCCCAACCAACAUGGUGAUACUGCCCUUCAUUUAGCAGCAAAGAAUGGUCGAGUGUCUGCCGUCAAGAUGCUUCUGACACUCGGAUCGGCUGUGAAGAAAAAUAAAGAGGAAAAAUCUUUCUUUGACUACGUCAUUGAAUCAAAAGAAAGCGAGGUUGCUACAUCAGUUGUUCAACACGAAAGGUGGGAAGAAAUUCUGUUGGCUGGUUCCAGUCAGUAUGGGUGUCUCUUCCUCGGACUGAUUGAACAUAUGCCGUCGACCUGCGUGCUUGUCUUGGACAGAUGCCAGACAUUCUCUGAACAUGAUAAACGAAGUCCUGAUUACUAUAUUGAGUACAAUUUCAAGUUCAUAGGAGGUUCUACAAAGCACUCAGAACAAAUGAAGAUCAACGGAAAUGCCAAACCAAUGUGGUCGUUAAAUGCUAUGGUCCGCCAUGGACGUGUAGACUGCCUCUCGCAUCCUGUUUGCGCUAGUCUCCUCAAACUCAAAUGGAACACAUAUGGACUCUGGGCAUUUCUGCUUAUACUGGGGUUGUACUCCAUCUUUCUUGCCUGCCUCACCUACUUCGUCGUAACCAGCGACUCUCUCUAUUACAAGACAGACAAUAGUACAAUAUUGUCUGACAACGAGAACCAUGGUUAUGACCCAAAGCCUGCGCACAAUCUAUGUUUGUGGAUCGUGGCAGUCUAUUGCAUGCUUGGGAUAAUCAAGGAAAUGGUCCAAAUGAUAACACAGAAAACCCGAUAUUUUGCUGACAAACAGAAUUUAUUUGAAUGGAUUCUGUACAUGACGUCACUUGUGUUUACUGCACCAUUUCUUCUCGGCUGUUCGUACCACUGGCAAUGGGAAGCUGGCUCUCUGGCCGUCUUUUUUGCCUGGUUCAACUUCCUUGUUGUUCUCCAAAGAUUGGAUUUCUUUGGUAUCUACGUGGUGAUGUUUCUUGAAAUCUUAAGCACCCUACUGCAAGCGCUCUGUGUUUUUUCCGUGCUGUUCGUUGCUUUUGGAUUGUCUUUCUUCAUACUUUUGUCACACGAGUCGACGCGUGCUUACUCAUCGCCCCUCCUGUCGGUGAUGAGAACAGCGAUGAUGAUGCUAGAAAUUGACUAUAUGGCCUCCUUCAAUGAGCCAUAUACAGAUGGUGAUGAUUCUACCCUGCAUUAUGGAGUCGUGACUAUGCUGAUGGUCGUAAUUUUUGUCAUUCUUAUGCCUAUUCUGCUGAUAAAUCUAUUGAUUGGCUUAGCUGUGGGAGACAUCGAGUCUGUGCAGAGAGACGCCCGACUGAAACGCUUGGCGGGACAGGUGGCGCUACAUUCCGACAUGGAAAGUAAAAUGCCAUUAUGGCUACUGUCUCAGUUUGACCAACCUGUCUACAAGUUCUUUCCUAACAGAUGUCGAACAAGAAUGGCAAAUUUAUGGUCGCGUGUGUCGGGAUCAGACUUGGAGGAUCAAGCGGAAUCUGCAAAUGACGGGAUCACCAAAGAAAUCGCAGAGGAACUCCACAAACAAAAAAAAAAAUUACGAGAUGUCUCUGCAUCGCUUGAUAAAAGCAACCAUCUUUUACGUCUGAUAGUGCAGAAGAUGGAAAUUCAUACAGAGGACGAGGUUUGGGACGAGGGUCAGUCUCUGACAUGUAGAACAACUUGAAAACAAAAUAUAGGUUGCUCAUCGAGCGCGAAGUUUAUUCGAGUAUUCUUCGUAGCCAAGUUAAUGACGACAGAUUUAAUCGAAGGCAAAACUGACAAUAAAAAAGAAAGAGAAUUACACCAUAAUAAGCUGAAUAUCUUGCAAAUUUUAUUUACUCUUUAAACGUCUGUUAAGGAAGUAAAAUGGCACGCGCUCGAUAACGUACAACAUACACACGCUACCACACACAUUCUCUUUUUUAUCCAUUCCAUGAGCCAGUGAAGGUUUACGUUCCACUGAAUAAUAAGAGCCAUUUUGAAGCAAAUAGGGAAAGUCAUUUAUAAUGGGAAAGGGACUCUGGGCAUGAUUGUGAGACCCACAACUCAAGUGACUCGGACUAUGAUUGUUCAUAAUCCUUAACAAGAUUGCAAAAGUCAUGAAAAAACUAAUAAAUGUGAGCAAUAUGAAAUUGACACUGUAGAUAGGUUUGUUUGUUUUUGUUUUGUUGUUGUUGUUGGGUUGUUUUUUUUUGGGGGGGGGGGGGUAUGGGGGUUUUACAUCAAACCAGCAACUCUGGCUAUAUCACAGAAACCAAUACCAGUACCAAUCUUCUGUCGUGGGCAGAACCCGUGAAGAACACAUGGUUCUUUUUGUUACGCACUGCUUUUAGGCCCUUGGUCACCCAAGGUUUGUUGUUAGGAUAAACAUAAACUGCUUUGAUGGACUAGU